AUGAAGCCCGUGGCUUCUCAGAAAAGAGCGGCCCGCGCACUGGCGGUGCUUGGCUUGGCCUUGAGUGGCGCCUCCCCCUUGUUGCCUCCUCCUGAAGGGCUGGACCCGGGAGUCGUUGAUCCGGCGGCUCAGGAGCCGGCGGCUCAGGAGACGGCGGCGUAUGUGUUGGAAGGGUUGUCGGAGGGAGAUCGGCAGUUAGAGGAGUCGUCGUUGGCGGAGUCUGCGUUGCGGUUGCCGCGGCGGACGGGGUAUGCGGCGCCGUCGGCUUCGUUGGACGACGGGACGUUGCGGUGCAUUCCGGCGGAAUAUGUGGCGGCGUACGACGCGCGCACAGCUGCGUUGUUGGCCGUGGCUCGGCACGGCGCGGUGAUGCCGCUGGUUGUGGAGCGUGUGGGGGCGGCCGUACGCGCCCUGGCAAUGGUCGGCGGUGUAGUGGCUGCCUGUAACAACGGUCCGCAAGUCCUGCUGCCGGGAGUGGACGGGUUGACGUGGCAGGCCACGGCGGACGACGCUGCCCUCGGCUUUGCCCAACUCGUCUCGCCCGAGCUGCUCCGGGCAGCCAAAAAGGUAUUGUCUAACCUCAAGGCGCGCGCAACCGGCUUCCAAAUCCUCGCCGACGCGCUCAAUCGUCAAGACCUUAACCAUGUUGAAGACCUCGUCACACUCCUCGCACGUGGCCAACGCGUCCCGAGACCCAGCACUGAUCUUGACGGCUUCGGCGCGGGCCUGGACAUUUUCGAACGCCUCGCCGAACACGCACAGCUUCCGGAGGACACACGCGGCGACCUGGAGUCGAUUCUCGGCAGGGAGGAGCUGGACGGCGGCCCUGAGUCGGGCGGUGCUGAACCGGGCGGCGACGACCAACGGGCCGAUGCUGAGUUGGGCGGCGGCGACCAGCAGAUCGGCGAUGGACCCAGACGACUGCCCCCGUCGGGUCCGCUGCCCGCGGACUAUGGGGUGGCGAUGACUCCGGAGGUGCAGCAGGCGGCGGAGAAGCUGGCGGCCUUCAAUCAGACGGUGUUGCGGCUGAAACCGAGUGCUCCGUCUUUUGCAGCGGUGCAGUUGCUGUACGGGUGCGACAAGGCGUACCACAACGAGUUGCUGUCGCCGGACCCGGCUUUGGCGGAGCUGGCUGCAGCGAUUCCGGCGUUGGCGGCGGCGCACGACGUGUUCGACCGUCUGGCGGUGGAGGUGAUCGCGGGACUGGGGCGGCAACGGACAGUGCGCGAACGCGCGAUUCCAAGCCUGGACCAGGAGCCGGUGCAGGCGUCACAGGCGCGUUCAGUGUCGCCGGAGCAUUUGCAGCGUUAUUGGUACACGUGUGUGCUAAGUAAUUUGGGCGCAAGGAUUUACGAACAACAUCCGUCACUCGCCGUUGGCCGACCCGACCGGGCACCCAACCGGUACAUCAAGUGCUUCUGGGCCACCGAGGCCAUCCGGAACUGGAUCUGCCCCCGGUCCAGACAACCCGUCCGAGACUACCACGUACUACGCGCUUUUGCCGCCGCUGAAGAACUCAAAAAAUACCGAAGUGAAUGGUACAAGUUUAAGGCCGGCUUCAACGUGUCAUAUCCCACACGUGACUUCUUUGGCAACGCCUCAGACCAAACAGCAGCUGCAGUGGCUAUGAUCUGCCACCCCAGCAAAUAUGUCGUUAAUGUCAGCAAUCAUUCCGAACCCAAAUGGAUUCUGUGGGAAGACCACCCUCACUACACCACACAAGACACCUCCGACCUAGUUAUCAUCAAACAAAAAAGCGCACCCCGUAAAGAAGAUGAGGAAUGGGAACGAUACCUCGAAAGAACCCUCCCACUGGACAGAACGGCCCGAAGAUAUACCAAUGAGAAACCCAAAAUCAGGGUGAUAUAA